AUGCAGUUUGAGCCUAGCUGCCUCGCCCUUUUGGCUUCUCUUUCUGGGUUGUGUUGCGUCCGAGCUCUUCCUUCUCAAGGCGAUUUGGCCCACCAAUCCAACACCGAUAACAACCUGCUCUUGGAAAUUCGGGAUCGACCAGCACGACACAUUGAUCUAUCUUCAAUCAUCGCCGUCAUUUCUCUUAUCCUGCUCUCUGCAAUGGUCUUUACCAUUUACUACUUUGGACCGUCUCUUUGCCAUAAAAUUAGGUCGAACAUAACUAGAAUCCGAGCUCGACAUCGUCGCCAGAAAGCCGCAGUGACUGCACCAGCUCCAACAGAAGAUACCCAUCCUGAUCCUGGUCCUGGGUUUGGAUUUGACGGUCUAUCAAAGUCGCAACUGGAGGAGCUCAGGUUGAACGAAGAAGCAGAAUCGACAUUUGUGUUGGUCAAAAUUCCUGACGAUCCGCCGGAGCUUUCACUUUGUCACCUGCAGUCCUUGCCGUCGCUCACUCUGACGUUCGAUAAUAUGAAAGAGGUGGAAAGAGUGUGA